AUGCCAGCAACGCUCAAGGAGGUCGUCUUCCUGCUCGACCCCGCAGGCUGGAACCCCAAGUGGGACGUUACAUCCCGCGACGUCCUGACCGUCGUGUCCAAUGCGGCGCGUCACAACUGGGCCCACGUACACUUUACCAUUGUGGGAUUCCGCCUCCUGGGAGACGACGCCGAUGCCAUGUGUACCCCAGCUCGUGGGAGGGAGUAUAUCCUCCAGACGCGCCUCAACUACCCGCGCGUCAAGGCGAGCGAGCUCGAAGGCAGCAUGCGGUUCGUGUCCCGGCGCAUGUAUCUGGCCGAAGUAGAGGAGGAGCAGUUUAGCCUCGAGGCGGAGGAGUGA